AUGGCUACAGCUCCCACCAGAUUACAAGUACUAGCUUUAUACAAGCAAUUCAUUAAGAAUUCAAAACAAUUCAAUAAUUAUAACUUCAGAGAAUAUUUCCUAAGGAGAUCUAGAGACUCAUUUAAACAAAAUAUGACUUUACAGAAGCCGGAAGAAGUCAGUAGGGCUUAUUUGGGUGCUAAGGAAGAACUUGGUAUAUUGAAACGUCAAGCUGUUAUUUCCAAAAUGUAUACAUUUGACAAACUGGUAGUAGAACCAUUAAAUAACAAACACACCUAUUAG